AUGCAUUGGGACAUCAAAUUGACGCAUAAGACGAGAUACUUCUGUUUAGAAUUACUGGAAAGAUGCUCUGAAGAGAAGGUUCGGCUAACCAUCUUGAAAACAUUGACAUUUUUGUCUCGCCGUGCACCUAUCGACAGAUCCGAUCAGAUCGAUCUAUUGAUAAAAUACAUAAUCAACAGCACACAAGAGCACGUGAGGAUUAUUGCAUUAAUAGAUAUCAUGAAAUUGGCUCAUGGAAACGCUAUUUUUGAAACUUCACAAGCACUGAAAUUAAUAAAUUUGGCAAAUAGUACACCGGAACAUACAGUCAAAAUAAAAAUACUUCGUAUCCUGACCUUUCUGGUUAAACACGGAAAGCUGCUUGUUGAUCUUGUCUCGAAGGGUCAUGAUCACGAUGUGAAGAUAGGAGCUCUUCACGACAUCCAAAAUUUCAUGAACAUGGCUCGAUCGCAUUCCGGUGAGGUGACCGUAGUCACCGUAAAAUUUUUUGUCGAAAUAAUCAUUGAGGCCCAACGAAUAAAAUCGACGUCAUACAAUUCGGUUGGUAGCGAAUGGGAUAACAUAACAUUGACUGAAAAAAAAUCUUCCCUGUUUAUAGAAACCUAUCUGGAUGGCCUUGUUACUAAGAUCCCAAAAUUGAUAUUAAAUAUAAUACGCACACUCUUGGAUGACUCUGUCACGGAUUCAAUAAAUCAGGAUAUGUAUAAGACGACGAUCAAAGAAUACCUUAAAUGCAUAUUCUCUAUCGGUUUAUCCUAUGGGCAAAUUGCCACUUAUGCAUCCACCUCGAUUAUUGAAUUGUUGCAUGCGUAUUCGAAAACAAAAAACGAUGAAAUUUUUGCGGAAGUUUCAAAGUUUCUUCUCAUGACCAGUGAGCUCAGGGGGACCAUAAUACAGACCUCGAACGAUAGCAUAAUGAAUAUUUUAAGGUUGAGAGAGCUUCUGCAAAUGCCGAAAUCAUUUGUAAGCAUCGCAAAAACUGUUCUGAAGGCGCUUCCAAGCGGAGCGGUUAUAUCCGAAGACUUCAAAGAAAUGUUUCUUCAACUAAUCAAAGACAUUGGUCAAUACUCAGAUAAAUAUGACGAGAAAAAAAUCAGAAAUAAUCAAUGGAAUAUUUACCUAAUAGGAAUUGAAGCUGGAAAAUCGGGAUGUUGUAAUAUUAUGGCAAACAUCAUGCAAUUGUUUGUCACAGAGGUCGAUGUGGACGCGUCACGAUAUUGGUUAAGAGCUCUAAGUAACGUUGGGACAGCUGAAGAGGGAAGAAUCGCGAAUUACAUUCAAAAUGCUAUGUCGAAUAAUGGAACGCUAACAGCGCAAACUGGGCAACAGUUUGAUAUUUUCGAUUUAAUAGAUGUUUCAAUACGUCAUCAUAGUUUAUGCGAUGCUGAAUUGAAUGGCUUCAUGUCGUUGGCAGAUACCUGCAAUCAAAGAUUCUUUGCGAGAUGGUUUUGCCAACUCCGCGCAAACUUUUUGUGUACAAUGAAACUUUUUUUGGAAGAAUUAAUAAAGUCAACAGAUGAUAGAUCAAGUUUGACCGUUUCAAUGAAAUCCAUGCACGAUGAACUCUUAAGAACGGCGAAUUUGCAUAAUUUCGUGACCCAUUCAUUCUUUGACAUAGACGAGGAGAGUUUGGCUAUCUUAGAAUCAUAUCCUUUCUGA